AUGGCAAAGGCGUUGUAUUCACCAGAAAUGAUUUUCAAUGCGGCAGUAGCAAUUGACGCAGACAAGAAUAGCCAGUUUGCUGUGAAAUGGGCGGUCGACCGCCUGAACUUGAAUGGUUUUAUCACCCUCCUCCAUGUCAAAACUCAACAGAAUUCCUCUCCUCAAGAAGAUGUUCCCAAAGAAGGACGUGCGCCUACGAAAGAUGAGCUGGCGAAGUUCUUUCUUCCAUAUCGUGGAUUUUGUGCUCGAAAAGGGGUUAGAGUACACGAGGUGGUUCUCCAUGACAUUGACGUUGCCAGAGCAAUAGCUGAAUACGUUAUUGAUAACUCCAUCUGCAUGAUUGUGCUCGGAGCUUCAUCUCGGAGUGCCCUAGCCAGGGCAUUCAGAGCUCAGGAUAUGCAAAGUCAAUUAAUCAAGUCCAUCCCAGAUUUUUGUGCAGUUUAUGUUGUAUCCAAGGUAAGAGCUCAGGCUGUUAAAUCAGCUACUCGAUCUCCCAAUGCAAGCAGCAUAGCCAGUUCCAGGCAGCAGCCUCAAGUAGGAUAUUUAUCAGAUACUCCAGGUUCCCAACAGCUUACAUGUUUUAUUGCACCUAUUGAGUCUUGUAGCAAGGGAAGCUGGAGAAGUGCAGGCUCUGAUAGAUCACACUCCGAUGGAGGUAGCCCUGCAGUAUACUCUGAUAAGAGUAGUAGAGACUUUGUGCCAAUGACUUCAAGGAGGGGGCAAAGCAAGAAUCGUUCACCUCAGUACCCCUCGCCUCAGCAUCCAUUAAGUAGUUCGGGAACUGAUUUUCUGCAUCUACCUCCAUUGGACCGGCAGCCCAACAGCAAAAAUAUUUCACCUCCAAAAACCGCAGAUUCUUUGCAAAUCUGUCUCUAUAACAGAAAUCCAGGCAGCAAAACACCAUCCAACCAGCUCUCAGGGAACAAUUUAAAUCUCCAUUUUCCAAUUCCAGGAAGUCCAUCCCAUUCCCUCUCUGGCUCCAGUGAUCGCUCAGAGCCACUAAGUUUUCAAUCAUCUAAUUUGUCCUUUGAGCUUCUAGACCAGUCACAUACGUCAGAUGCGUCCUGGACCUCCUCCUCUUCACAAGGCACAGGGGAACUAGAGGAGGAAAUAAAGAGAUUAAAACAGGAAUUAAAGCAAAGUAUGGAAAUGUAUAAUUCAGCAUGUCGUUUCCAGGCAAGGGAGAUUGAUGAAUGGAAAUUGGAUGAGGCACGCAGAAUAGAAGGGUGCAGGCAAACCCGAGAGUUUGCAAUGAUUAUGGUGGAGACUGAAAAGCAUAAAUGCAAGGCAGCUAUUGAAGCAGCACAAAUGGCACAACGUCUUGCAGAAUUGGAGUCCCAAAAACGAAAGGAGGCAGAGAUGAAACUCCUGCACCAGGCAGAAGAGAAGAAGAAAGCUAUGGAUGCUUUAGCACACUGUGAUAUUAGAUACAGAAAAUACAGUAUUGAAGAAAUUGAAACUGCAACUGGUUAUUUCUCACCUUCAGAAAAAAUUGGUGAAGGUGGAUAUGGGCCUGUUUAUAAAGCCUAUCUUGAUCACACGGCUGUUGCUAUAAAGGUGUUGAGGUCAGAUAUUUCACAAGGGAAAAAGCAAUUCCAAAGAGAGGUUGAGGUGCUAAGCCACAUGAGACAUCCACACAUGGUUCUCCUUCUGGGUGCCUGCCCCGAGUAUGGGUGCCUUGUAUACGAAUAUAUGGAGAAUGGAAGCUUAGAAGACCGGCUUUUCUGCAGGAAUGGCAGCACUCCACUACCAUGGACCAUCCGUUUCAGAAUAGCAGCAGAGAUUGGCACGGCCCUUCUCUUCCUUCACCAAACAAGACCAGAGCCCAUCGUCCAUCGCGACCUUAAACCAGCCAAUAUCCUCUUAGACCGAAACUAUGUGAGCAAGAUUGGCGAUGUUGGCUUGUCCAGGCUAGUUCCACCGUCAGUGGCUGAUAGUGUUACUCAAUAUCAUAUGACUGCAGCAGCCGGUACAUUUUGCUACAUUGACCCAGAGUAUCAACAAACCGGGAUGCUAUGUACUAAAUCAGACAUUUAUUCCUUUGGUGUACUGCUGCUACAAAUCAUUACGGCAAGGACUGCCAUGGGUCUAACAUAUCAUGUAGAAGAGGCGAUUGAGCAUGGAUCAUUUCAAGAGACACUUGAUCCCAAAGUGGCUGAUUGGCCAGUUGAGGAUGCUCUGUCAUUUGCAAAAUUAGCUCUAAAGUGUUGUGAACUGCGGAGGAGAGACAGGCCAGACCUUGGCUCAGUCAUAUUGCCUGAACUGGAACGGCUCAGAGAUCUUGGAUCAGAUGCCAAAGCCGGAAGUGGGAAUGGGAACCUAGAUGAAGCCAUUCUUCAUAACCAAGUUUCCCAAGAAAGCAUACCUCUCAGCCAGGUUCGUGUGCAAUCUUCCCCACACUUUAUACUGUCCUUUACAAUUUGUCCAUUUAUAAAAGCUUAAAUCUAUGCGGCCAUUGCUCUAGAAUGCAGGUAUUGGAAGCCACAAGGGCGUGCCUCCUUUCAUGCUCUACUUUCUUUUCACUAUUACACAUAUCGGGUCAAAGAUAAAAGAUACAAAGCUCAUGAAAGUUAAAAAUAAAAGAUACUUUGGAUGGAUCUAAAUUAGCUGAUUUUCAACGUUCUGAAAUGGAAAUACAAACAAGAUCAUUUCAUUUUAAGAGUGCUAAAACAGAAUGAAGGAUGUGUCUUCGGAUGCAAAAAGAUGAAUAUGUCAGAAUAGAAAGGUUAAACCAGAGACAGAUGACAAUUUUCUUCUCAGGUUACAUGCAUUAAUAUUAUACUUUCAUGUUGUGUUUACCCAGGAGGCAAGCAGCAGCAAUUCUGAUGCUAAAAUGGAAAACUAAUGCAGAUACACUUUAAAAAAUGGAACCACCUGAAUGCAACCUUGAAGAAUCUUCUGAGCUAGUUCUUCAAAAGUGGCUACCUGAUUAUUGCUUGUAUAGAUCAGAUACGCUUGGGCAUCUUGCCCUGUAGGACAUUUUUCUUUCUCUCUGCUUUUCCAUUUUGGGACAGUGUCCUGCAAUAAUCUAGACCUCGUAGUAACUAAUCUUGUGCAUGUGCACACUCCAAAUAUGGGGUGAGCCUGACAGGUGCACGUAAACCCUAGAAUAUUUGAACUCAAGACUCGAGUAAUAUAACCAACGUCUUGGAUAUCUAUUGCACUUUCCUGGGGCUUCUAAGACUUCAUUUAUGUUGCAUCAAGA